CCCCUGUUACUAAGGUGGUACUGUCUCUAUGUAUUGGUGCUAGCAGUUAAUGGUAUAACAGAAUGCUUCUAUUUUGCUGUCAUGAGUAAGAAAGAGAUUGACAGUUAUAACCAUAAGAUGUUACUGUUCUCCAUUAUUCUACUGGUGUCUUCUCUAUUCCUGACUCGUCUGGUGGGAAGUGUGGGAUUCGUACUGGCAAACUGCAUCAACAUGGCCUGUCGGAUACUUCAAAGUGUUUAUUUCAUUCAUAACUACUACAAGGAUAGUGGAUAUAAACCUCUGCAGGGCUUUAUCCCCUCCUAUCCAGUCCUGGGAACACUGGUCGCUGCCUAUUGUAUCACAGCUUUGUCAGAGAGUUAUUUCUGUUGUGGCUAUGGCAACCUGUUCCGACUCCUUCAUAUCGUCAUUGGAGGACUCUGUUUAUUGUGUGUUCUGGUUACUAUGGCAAUCAGUGAAAAAGAACUUGUACAGUUUGUGACAACUCAACUCUGGGGACACAAAAUUGGGAAGACUGACCGCUGAUGUUCUGCACAGACUGUUACAAAAAUUAGGAUAUCUUUAUCGACUUCCCCAGGAUAUAUAUCCGUUAUUUUAUCAAAUACGAAUGGGGAUAAUUACUAAAUCAAUGAAGGAAAUAAAAACAUA